AUGGAAACAGAAGAUGUUGUUCUACCUAACGAUGAAGAAAGUUGCUUUCGUUCUCAUCGCUACGAAGCCGCCGUCUCUGAAGCUUCUACCGACAAGGACAAAGAGGCUGAACGCGAGAAGCAACAAAAGGAUUUGGACUCCUGGGUCGAAAAUGACUUCCUCUGUAAGAAUUUUAUUCUUAACGGUUUAUCUGACGAUCUGUAUGACUAUUAUAAUUCAGAUAAAUCAGCAAACGAAAUAUGGGAUGCUCUGCAAAAGAAAUACGAUGCGAAGAAGCCGGAACUAAAAAUUACCCCUUCCCGGAAGGAUUUCAAAAGUACUCUCGGGCAUAAGACUAAGGAAUUUUCCUUAGAAAGUUUGAUCACCCACCUUCGUAUAGAGGAGGAAGCAAGAAAACAAGACCGUAAAGAUGAAGUGCUUGUUGUUUCAAACAACAACACUAAGAAAUCCACACCAGCGGUUCUGAAGCCUAAUGGCAAAAAUUUUAAGAAUCAGAACCGCAACUCGAAUUCUAAUUCUAACCGCAACAACCCUCCUCGUAACAAUAAUCAGAGUUGGAACCAUAAUAGGAACCAACAUGGAAGGCAGCCACCUCCACAUAAACAGAAUGACCCUGUACAGUUUUUGUGUUACAACCGUAACAAGCGGGUCAUAUGGCACGAAAGUGUCGGAACAAGCCUAGCUUCGCUCCGUGUGCCAACUUGA